AUGACGUUGGUUGACAUCGUGAGCGAGUUGGGCGUGGGUGCGUUUGCUACGGUGUUGGGUUUUGAGACGAUAUUGAGGACGGCGGAUGAGGAGUUAGUGAUUAACGAAGAGACGGUGGCGGCCGCAUUAGCGCAGGUGGCUCAAUUGCUGUUGGCGGGUGCGUCGGACUGUCGGAUCGAGUACUUUGUGGAGGGUGUGAGCAAUCUGGAGCCGAUGUUGAGUUGGACGGACGUAUUCUACAAUUUGGGGCGUCAAUGGGGUACUUGCGACCCGGCGAUCUUCCGGUCCACAAACGAACAAGUGCUCUGGCUGAACCUUCUCUUCGCCUGGCAACAAGCCGGCUACGCAAACCGCCGGGCCAAGGAGCUGGCCAGUGCUCCCCGACCACUUGACGCGGCACCGCUCGAGUCCGUGCACCGCCUCCCCCCGUCGCGGUUCGCCGCACCACCUCUUUCGAUGCUCCCCAACUCCGGCGCCGCGCUCGCAUCCUACGCGCGGUUCCUCGUCAAUCACGACAUCAACUACGUCUCCUCCCUCGUGCCCCAGACGCUCUACGAAACCGCACCCGUCUCCGCCACGCUACUGGACCUCGCCCAACUACUCUUCGCCAACCACCGUACCGAGCUGCUCGAUGUACAUCGACUGUCUCAACAAGACUUCCUGAAGGCACGAUUCGAACCGCUCAAUCGAGACUCCAAACUCUUCGCCGUUAAACUCGGAGUCUUCCUGAACGAGAAGCUCCUUGCUGUGCGACAAUUAGGCUCCAACAACGUCAGUGCCGUCAAUCCAAAAGACGACGCUGUCACGCUCGAUGGCGCCUCUGCGUGCAUAUACUGUGACGCUCUCGUCAACUACGCCGAAGCCAUGAAGGGUCGCGCAGGCAACCCCUUCGAAGACCUGCGGAUCCUCACCCACUUCGAACGUCUCCGUCUCCUACUCUGCGACUCCUUUCCGGAAGAAGCUGAAUUGUCGGGCAUGCACCGCAAGUCCUUCCAGCCGGCCGCGCCUGCUCCGGCUACCGCUCCGGCCGCCACCGGCGAUAGCGAGGACCAAGUUUUCGCCGCCUUCUACAGGGGAGAGAUCUCGUCAUCGCAACUCGUCGACUUCAUGUACAAGCUGGCCCAGUUUCCGUCCGGCAGUGCUGAGGCCGACCUCCUCGCCAAGAUGCUCCGGACCCUUUUUAUAGAAUGCCGCCACUUUCCCAAGUACCCGGCCCCGGAGCUGUACCGGACAGCGGACUUCUUCGGCAAACUCAUUCGAAGCGAGCUCCUGCUCAAACGACCCGAGCUACAUCUACUCGCCAUCCGCUGUGCCAUGGAAGCAUUGCGCAAAGAUCCGAAUACUCUCAUAUUCAAAUUCGGUCUCGUAGUCCUCCAAGGCUUCCUUCCCAUCGCACCUUGCUCGCCUGCCUUCCUCUCUGCACUCGUCAAGAUGCACCAUGUCGCUGACCUCUUUCCCAGCCUCAUUUGGUACGCAGAGACAUGUCUCCACGCCAUGCCGGCUGCCAUGCAAGCAAUGUCCUUCGUCGACGCCUCCCAACUGGUGCAAGCGAUCGCUCCCGCACAACUACCCUCGCCGAGCAACGUACUCAUCAUACCACCCGCACUCUUCCUGAUACCACAACAGGCCGCCGAAAACAGACCUGACCGCUUCCCACCAUCCGACCGCUUCCCACCCAGCGGCGGCGGCGGGCCGCCGUAUGUCGUGGAAUUUGGCAAUGUCGCUGUCCCCGACUCUCAACAGGAAGUCGUCCUCCAGGGUUUCGGACUCGGACAGGUUGAGGCGUUGUUGGAAGACCCGCAAAUCACUUCAUGGAUCGCCACGCCACCUGAACACGUGCGCCUCAAGGUUGCGCAAACCUGCAAUUCCAUCGUCAAGAGCAACGUCGAAUUCAAGGCACGUGAACUCGCAGACUGGCUCCAGGCAGAGUGGCUGCCAUGGGUCGCCUUCUACAUCGUCAAGUCACGCACCACCAAGGAAGUAAACCAUCUCGCACUCUACGCUGAAUUCGCACAAACCCUCGGCGGAAACAAACUCGUGGAAAUGAUCACAAACGUCACUUACGACUCCAUCAACGUCCUCAUGCGAUACUCCGUCUCCGCCAAAGACGCCUCCAGCUACAAGACUGUACUCAAGGCUCUCGGCGCCUGGCUUGGCAUGCUCACUCUCGCGCGAAACAAACCACUCAAGGCCAAAAGCUUCGACGUCAAACAUCUCCUCUUCGCCGGCUAUGAAGCAGGCACCCUCAACGCCGUCCUUCCACUCGUGUGUUCCUGUCUCAGCAACAUCCGCAACUCCAAGCUCUUCAACCCCCCCAACGCCUGGACCGUCGGCUGUCUGACCACACUUGCCCAACUCUACAUCCUACCCGGCUGCGCUCAAAAUCAUCAAUUCGAAAUCGAAUUGCUGAUGCGCAACCUCGGCCUGAAUUUGGACAUCUAUGUCGCUGCUGCCCAAGAACAACCGAACAUGUUCGAGACUCUGAGUCCUCCGCUCGGCGUCAGCUCUCCAGAGGCCGCCGCGCCUUUUGCCGCCGCCGCCGGCCCGCCCGUGGGUCCUGGCGCCGCCGCACUGGGCGCUGCCUUGGGCGGCAGCGGGUCGCUGGCGGGUGCGGCACGGCCGAGCAACGUCACGCCCUCGGGGCCGCGGACGCAGUUGUUAAGCGCGUUAGCUAAAACAGCCAAGAUCCCGGCCGGGCUGGCGUUGUUCCAGAAAUGUCCGGAGUUGCGGAUAGCGGUGCCAAUUGCGAUGGAGCGCGCGGUGAAGGAGUUGGUGACGGUCAUGUCGGAACGCGCGGUUGUGCUGGCGGUGGGGACCACGGUGGAGCUUGUACUGAAGGAUUUUGCCUUGGAGUCGGAGGAGACGUUGGUCAAGAGAGCCGCGCAUUUGAUGGCAGCCGCGCUGGCAGGGUCCAUCGUCGUAGUCACGGGCCGACCGAGUCUUCGCAACUCCAUCGCCACGCAGUUCCGUUCUUUGGUGCAGUCUGUCAAUUCCGUCAACCACGACGGGCGCACGGACUUCGACUCUUCCGUCGAACAGGCCGCUCUGGUCAUCGCGCAUGAAAACGCGCACAUUGCCAGUACCCUCAUCGAGCAGGUUGUCAUUGAACAGGCUGUCCGCGCGGUCCAAGAAGCCCUCAGCCAGUCACUGGCCGACCGGCGGGCCGCGGCCGAGAAGGGCGAGCCCUUCGUCGACCCCAAGUUCUUCGGCGCAAACUGCGAGUGGCCCGCCGCGCUCCCUGUGCCGCUCAGGCUUACCCCCGCUCUGGACACCGAACAACUCGAGGUAUACAAAGCCUUUGCUCACAUCGGACCUCUGAAGCGAGUGCGGGAAAGUAACUCCGCUACGGGAGACGCUGCCGCUGCCGCACCCACGGGCGGCGUCGUUCCCGAGACUCUGAGCACAAUCGGCGUCUCUGUCGGCAAACUCAAGGAAGCUGUCAAAGCCUUGAUGGCGCGACCCGCCGAGGACAUGAAGAUUUCUGUGCCCCCGGAGAGUCCCGCAACAAUCAAGUUACUCGCUACCCUUGAACCCGACAAUGACAUUUUCAAGGAGAUUGAAAACGUGGUUAAUAUAGUGCAAAAUUGCGAGUCACGAGAAACGGUCGCUCUCUGCACCGCACGUCGGUUAUUACGGUCUAUAUAUGAUGCGGCGCACCGCGGUUUAUCUUUUGCGACGGAAGGCGACGACGUAGUGGAGAUAUCGUACGUAUAUCUAGAGGCGUUUGUGGGGAUGCUAUCGCGGUUUGACCAACUGCAGUUGGUCCAUAAUCUACGAGAGGUAGUGACGAUUUGGUUGAUAAGCGCAAGUUACUUGACUCCUGGAGUGCCGACGUCGCAGCGAGAACGCGCGACGAUUAGUUAUCUGACAUUGUCGGUGGAGAUUGCUGCAAGGAGUUUAAUUGUGUUCGAUUGUGCGGCGAAGUAUGACAUGAUUGAGACCCAGAUCAUAGACGUAGAUUUUGUUUCCACCUUGCUCUCUCAAGCGUAUGAGGGGCUGCAGUCGCUACAGUCAAUGUCAGCUGCUGAAACGUCCGCGGAGUCGAACGACAUGACGGCGGAGAAGGCUGUCAAGGCGACGGAUGAGCAGCUGGCUGCUGGGUCAGCUGAAGACAAGAUGGACGGAAUAAACUCGGACCACAUUCAGGAAGCGGCUGCACUCACUAUUGAGUUUGCCAUGCAUGUGGUCUACAUUCUGUUGGUUGAAAUUCGUCAUACGCCCGGGGCCAUGCAAGAUUCACUCAACAAACUGCGCCGAAUAGCAACGCUGCCCAACUGGCAGCAAAAACAGACACUCAAAUUCAAAUUCAGCUUGUCCAAGGCCCUAGCACUUAAUAACAGGGAGCGGACCCUCGAGCAAGGCCUACAACAACUGUUCCAGGACGUCCAACGCCUCCCUGAAAUGCCUUCGAAAUGUCUCACAUUACGGCAGCUGGUUCAGCUACACCGAGACGUCCCCACGGAAGUCGGUCCUUUGCCAGCACAGUGA